UAGCGUGACAGACAGACGGAGCAACAGGUGAUCCUGGUUCCCGGGCAGGCGCGCGAUUGACAGCCGUGUCGGCCAAUCAGCAGACAGAAAAGAGAGGCCACGCACCAAUCGUAUGCGCCCUCAGUGUUCGUGUGGGCGUUGAUACAGACUGACAGCAGUGUCAUCAGCGGUAGAUCCACACUGGGACAACGAGGACAGACAGGGAGGGUUGGUCUGUUUCUGGGGAAGGAUUUUUCCGUCGUCGUUACAUACCUACGAAUUGGAAAUAUACCGUGAGUUGAAUUUCAGGUUGUUUAGGCGUCGGAGAGGACCGUGUUUCUGUUCAGGGAGGAUUAGAAUGAAUGUUUUCUCUACGGAUGGCUCAGACUGAUAAUUGCUACAGUCAGUGUGGAAUAUCAGCAGCUCUCAGGAUUAUUGCUGGACAAUUGGAUCAAAUCUCCCAAAUCACCAAUCCUCCCUCAUGAGGAAAGAUGGGGAACGGAUUGUCAGAGCAACCUAGCUUCUUCUCAGGCAUCUCGUUCUUCCAGUCUUUUCACAUCGCCAUCCUCGGGCUGGACUCCGCUGGGAAGACCACCGUUCUGUACAGACUGCAAUUUAAUGAGUUUGUGAACACGGUGCCCACCAAAGGUUUUAAUGCAGAGAAGGUCAAGCUGUCUCUGGGCGGCCACAGGACUGGGACGUUCCACUUCUGGGAUGUAGGUGGCCAGGAGAAGCUACGCCCCCUGUGGAAGUCGUACACGCGUUGCACGGACGGCAUCAUAUUUGUGGUGGACUCUGUGGAUGCAGAGCGCAUGGAGGAGGCCAAAACGGAGCUCCAUAAAAUUGCCAAGACCUCUGAAAAUCAGGGGGUGCCCCUGCUGGUGGUAGCCAACAAACAGGACUUGAGGCACUCUUUGGGACUUGCUGAAAUUGAGAAGUUGCUGGCGUUGAAAGAACUCGGCCCUGCAACUCCCUGGCACCUUCAGCCAGCCUGCGCUAUCAUAGGAGACGGACUCAGGGAGGGCCUGGAGAGACUCCAUGAUAUGGUUCUUAAAAGGAGAAAGGCACUCCGGCAGCAGAAGAAAAAGAGAUAAACUUCUCAUGAUAAUGACUUGUCUACUGUUAUAUGUGAAGGAAACAAAGGAUAUUCUCAUGGGUGGACACAGGCAUACAUUGCAGGCCCAGAUUCAGCAUACUGAGUUUUAUCAGUCCAAAACUUGAGAUUCACUGUCUUGGUCUUGUGAUAAUGAUGCUGUUGAUCAGGAAGUGACACAUAAAGGAAUACAGUAUGAAGAUGAGAAAGUUUCAGACAUGUGUGGAUAUGUUAGAGAGUUUAUUUGGAUUAAAAAGCACUGAGGGUUUGGGGUCUGGAAGGGUGAUAGAAGUUAAGGAUGCUGUAUGUUUCACAAAUGGCUCAUGGCUGUUCCAGACAAUAUUACCAAAAAUAAUUUAAGAAAAGGCUUUGACAAGUUGAAGGGUUAUUUGGUAAAUGAUAAAAUUGUUACAACAGAGGAGCAAAAUACAUCAGUUUUAUUAUUCUGUUAUAUAUGUUAUUAUAAUUUGUUAAUUUUUUUACACUGGACUUAGUUUAACAAAAGUAUUAUCUUGUAUUAUCGCAUUAUUAUCAAUUUGUUUGCAAGCUUACAUCUCUUGUUUUUUAAAAGCACUUUAGAUUAUCACUUCGAAUGAAGUUUACACUUUUUAAAUAGAGCAUAUUGUGUUGGAUUUUACAGAAAUGUUUGCGCAAAAUACAACAGAUGCUACUGUAGUUGGUCCAUAAUGACCACAUUGUCAUUAGACAGUGUAUGCAUUAUGUUUUGCUUAAUAAAACGUUUACAGCAA